AUGAACAAAGCUGGGCUGGAAGAAAGUGAAACUCCUGUAGCUGUGUUUGAGUUGGUCCAGCGGGAGAUCGAGGCUGGAUUUGCACGCCCGCCUCAGGGACAGCCGCCUGUGCCCCUUAGUAGCGUUCGGCAGCCGCUGGAGUCUGAAGACUUGCGUCGUGAAUUUGGUCGUUAUGGGCCUAUAGUUGAUGUAUACGUUCCACUUGACUUCUACACUCGUCGUCCCAGAGGAUUUGCUUAUGUUCAAUUUGAAGAUGUCCGUGAUGCAGAAGAUGCUCUCCAUAAUUUGGAUCGUAAGUGGAUUUGUGGUCGGCAAAUAGAAAUCCUUCGGAAGACACCAAAUCAAAUGAAAGCCAAGGAAGGGAGAAACCUGUACAGUUCUUCUCGUUACGAUGACUAUGACAGAUAUAGGCGAUCUAGAAGUCGGAGUUACGAAAGGAGACGGUCUAGAAGUCGUUCUUUUGAUUACAGCUAUAGAAGAUCGUAUAGUCCCAGAAACAGUAGACCUACUGGAAGACCUCGUCGUAGCAGAAGCCAUUCGGACAAUGAUAGGUUCAAACACCGCAAUCGAUCUUUUUCAAGAUCUAAGUCCAAUUCAAGAUCACGAUCCAAGUCACAGCCCAAGAAAGAAAUGAAGGCUAAAUCACGGUCUAGGUCUGCAUCUCACACCAAAUCUAGAGGCACCUCUAAAACAGAUUCUAAAACACACUAUAAGUCCAGCUCAAGAUAUGAAAAGGAGUCGAGAAAAAAAGAACCAGCUAGAUCCAAAUCACAGUCAAGAUCACAUUCUAGAUCUAGGUCAAAAUCCAGAUCACGGUCAUGGACUAGUCCCAAGUCCAGUGGCCACUAACAGUGUAUCCAUGUUGUUUUUAGGCAUGUAAGAUUCAUUUACACACAGUUCAGUUUACUUAAAUUAUCAGGAAUAUGAUGUUGCAACAGUGCUAAAAAAUAUUUUCUUUGUCAGUUUUCCCUGUAGCCGACAAUGGUUAAAAUUAAAACAGUGUUGAGAAGCCACUGAGAGAGAGCGAGAAAGAGAGAGAGAGAAUGUUCACUUGGUUAAAUGUCAUGGGCAGCUACUGAUUUGGUUGUGGUGUCUCUAUGUAUAUUUUUGUAAAGAUUCGCAUUUUUAAUGCUUAGAUAUUGGUGAUGACUUGAUUGAUCGUAACUUGCAACAUUGUCCUAUUAAAAUGUCAUACCCGUAGAGAAAUUGGUACCAGUUUGUGCUGAACAGUUAAACCAACUGUUUAACUUGUUCUUUAAUGCUAAACUUUGUGAUAAAAUGGAAAACUGGACAGCUGUAGUGCAACACUGACUGCUGUGAAAUGCAGACUGGCAAUUUUAUGUUUCCGUUGUUCAAAGGCAGGUUUCUGUGUUCUCCAUGCUCGCUGACACGAGUAGGUUGGUAAAUGGAGCUCUAUGGAGAGAUACUGUUGUGAUUUCUCUUUAACCCUGCCAUCUGGAGGGAUGGUACUAACAUUGCACGUACUAUGUGGGGAGAGAAUUGGUCUUGGAAGCUCAUUUGGAGACUCUGCAGUGUCUUGACUUGUCAGGAUAGAGGCUUCACUGCUUUUGACCUGGCUGCUAGUAUUAAAUGUGAGAGGGGAAAAAACCAAAACACCUUGAAAUGGAAAAUUAAAUUCAGAUUUCAGCAAAUGGCAGAGCAACUAAAUACUAGGUUGUGUGUACAUUUUAUGCCAGUUUUGUAUCUAUUCUAAAUUUUAGUGAGCAGUUAACGAUAAAAUUGCUUAGUUUUCCUGCUGUUAGAUACAAGUAGAUUGUUUCGAGUUGUGUGUGUACAGUAUAUAAGAACUAAACUUUUAUGCCAAUGACUCCUGUGGUUAGUUGGUGUAUUCAUAGAUAUAAAACUGUAGCCAUCUCUCUUCUUGAGUAACAAAGGCUUGCUUUUAAACAUCAAAAAGUAUUUGGUCAAGCAAGUCUGAAUCACUUCUUCCUCAGACCGGCUAGUGGUUUGGUUACAAGAUUUUAUUUUACUUAAGAACAAAUGUUUGAAGUUGGAUAUGAACAAGAGCUGCAUCUCUAGCUAUUUAGUUUAUCACUAAUACAGUAUAUUUAGUAAAUUGAAUGUGAAAAAUAACAAAACCAGUGUGUCAUCUUACCAGUAUUUCUCUAGAAGAUACUUUGUUAUGAAAAUGGCUUUUGGCAUUGUUGUUUGUUGUUUUUUUUUUCUCUAUUUACCUUCAAAAGCCAGCAUCAAACACCUAGUAUUCCUUGCUGUCUUAUGUAGUAGCAUAUAAAGACAUUGAUUUCACAAAGUUCCUUUUUAGAGAAAUAUUUUAGGUUUGGGUUUUAGCAUUUUCAGCAGGGCCUUUGAAGAAAUGCAGAUGGCUUUUAAAUAUUGGCGGUGGAACGUGCUUAGGGGGUUGAUUCUAGAAUUUUUGUACAUUUGAUUGAUAGUAUUUCUAACUUUUUCUUUACUAUUGGCAGUUAAUGUUCAUGUUCUGCUAUGCAAUCAUUUAUAUGCACGUUCCUUUAAUUUUGUAGACUUUCCUGGAUGUAUAGUUUAAAAACAGCAAAAAGUCUAUUUAAAACUGUAGCAGUAGUGUGCAGCUCUAGCAGAGGAAAGUUGUGGGAUUAAACUUUGUAUUUCCUUUCUUAUAGAGGCUUCUAAAAAGGUAUUUUUAUAUGUUCUUUUUAACAAAUAUUGUGUACUACCUUUAAAACAUCAAUGUUUUGAUCAAAAUAACUAAAGACCCAGCUUAUUUUCUGCUUGCUGUAAAUUUAGCAAACGUGCUGUAAUAAAAAAAUGAAGGAAA